GAAUUAACAAAUAACCAGGAUAAUAUCGGGGAAAAUGGCGGAUUUUGACGAGCUCCGGGUAGGCUAAAAAACAAAGACAGGGAGAUAGCAAUAUGGCUUCUAUGCCUUUGUCGCCGUGCAUUUAAUAACUAUAGUGAUGAUUAAUGGUUGAAGCACUACAGUCACAUACAUACGACAUACGUGUUGUAUUUGGACUAGCGUAAAUACCUUGCAUGUCGUGUCCCCACUAUGCGUAGCAGUCACAUUUGUUAAGGGUAUGAAAAGGAUAUACACAUAUGAACAAUGCAGCAUGGACCGUAGAGUGAAGGAGCAUGAUAUCAAGUUUCCGAGUGUCAGAACUACAAGUGUUAUUGGGCUUUGCCGGACGAAACAGAAGUGGUCGCAAGCAUGAACUCCUUCUGAGGACUUUGCAUCUGCUGAAAAACGGCUGCAGUCGAGCCGUGCAGGUCAAAAUCAAAGAUCUUUAUCGACAACGCUUUCCCAAAACAAUAGACGCGAGUCUGCCGGAUUUGGCCAGUAUCAAAACCGCCUUCUUUUCUACGGAAGGGAGUGUUUGUGUUGUGAACUCUGACCUGUCACUCAGUCUGAGUCACUCGAGUGACUCUGAGUUGUCGAGCAGAGAUUGGGUUGUGGCGUCCGGGACCGAGCCCAGGAUGACCCUGCAGCAGCAGGCCCCCCUCAUCCCUCCCGUCCACCCUGACGUGCUGAUGAAAUCUCUGCCCUUCUACGAUGUGCUGGACGUCCUCAUCAAGCCGUCUAGCCUCGGAGCCAGCACUGUUCAAAGAUACCACCAAGAGAAGACCUUCAUCUUUGCCCUGACCCCCCAGCAAGUCAGGGAAGUUUGCAUUUCAAGGGACUUUCUACCCGGUGGACGAAGAGACUACAUGGUUCAAAUUCAACUGAGGUUUUGCCUGUCAGAGACAAGUUGUUUGCAGGAGGAUAACUACCCAAACAGUCUCUGCAUCAAAGUCAAUGGGAAGCUGUUUCCCUUGCCUGGUUACGCACCUCCACCAAAAAAUGGAGUAGAACAGAAGAGACCUGGAAGACCUCUAAACAUCACCUCAUUGGUCAGAUUGUCCUCGGCGGUACCCAAUCAGAUAACGGUCACAUGGGCUCCUGAAAUCGGGAAGACCUACUCCAUGUCGGUGUACCUGGUCCGCCAACUCACCUCCCCCCUGCUGCUACAGAGACUACGCAUGAAGGGCAUCAGGAACCCCGACCACUCCAGAGCCCUCAUAAAGGAGAAGCUGACCGCAGACCCUGACAGCGAGAUUGCUACAACCAGCCUGAGAGUGUCUCUCAUGUGUCCUCUGGGUAAGAUGAGGCUGACGGUGCCGUGUCGGGCAGUCACCUGCUCCCACCUGCAGUGUUUCGACGCGGCGCUCUACCUGCAGAUGAACGAGAAGAAGCCCACCUGGAUCUGCCCCGUGUGCGACAAGAAGGCGGCCUACGAGAGCCUCAUCAUCGACGGGUUGUUCAUGGAGAUCCUGAACGACUGCUCUGACGUGGACGAGAUCAAGUUCCAGGAGGAUGGAACCUGGUGUCCCAUGAGGCCGAAGAAGGAGGCAGUGAAGCUGUCCUCCCAGUGCCUCCCCAAGAUGGAGACCGCCCCGGUGCGUCAGUGUUCCGUGGCCCCCCACAGCGAGCCCCCCUCCUCCAGGAAGGCAGACGUGAUCGACCUGACGCUGGAGAGCUCGUCAGAGGAGGACGAGGAUGACGAGGAGGACCCUCCACUGAAGAAGCGCUGUGUGUACCUGUCUAAGAACGAGGAGGUGCACGGCAAGGGGGUGUUGACGUACCAGCCAGCGUCAGUGCGCAUGCCCACCGUGCAGACCCUGGACGCACCCUACCUGGCCUCCUCGCUGGCGGACUACGCUGUCCCCUUCCACCACUCCUCCCUCUCCACCAUCCCCACAGACAUGCAGAAUCUCGAUUUGUUUUCCUUAAUCCAAGGAGACACACAGCAUUACCGAGCCCCCAUGUUCCUGGACAACCUGUCCAGCAGCCUGCAGAGCGCAGCCUCGGCCAGCACCAGCCUGGUGUCGUCCUCCAGCCUUCACUACGACGGCCUCCAUUCCGCCCCGGCCCACGAGACGGCUGUCAUCACCAGCGGGGGCCUGGCGGGUGGAGGGGGCCCUAGCAGCAUAUCAGACAUCAUCUCUCUCGACUGACCUCCUCCCUCAUCCUCCCCUCCUCAUCCAGCCUCCUGCGCUGGCCACGCUCCCUUCUGAGAAGCAGCUCCUGUAGGCCUCAGGCCAGGUCACCCUGCCCCAACAAACACCAACAAACACCAGCAGCUGUUGGGUUGUGUUGGUUUGGUGUGAUGUGCCUGUUGGUGUUUGUUGGGGCAGCGUGAAAAUGACAGUUAUGUUUUCAAACAUUCUAAACCCAGCAGCUAACAGCAGAAUGUUUGGUGAUUGUUGGACAGGAAGCAGGAAGCGGGUGAAGAGGAAGAAGGCAGCCUGGUGCUAGGCUUGGACACUGCAUCCUCACACCUGACUUUGUGCCCAGAUGAGCCGGUGCACACCCAUACAGGGCUGGGCUUGUUGUGUUAUUACUGCACCCAUCUCCAUUCUUUUGUCAGUUUCCACAUUGCUCUUGUAUUUGGUGAUUUAUCAAAAAGAUCCACAGGAAUGAGUACAAGCUACAA